CUAUAGGUUAUAAAUAUCAUAAUGAUGAAUAAACCUUUAACGGUGGAAUUCACAUGAAGCUCACCAUUAUCACCUAUAUACUUUGCUCUCACUACAACUGAGACCACCUAAAAAAGACCCUCAGGUUUAACAAAAAUGGAAGCCUUGUGGAACUUGGAGGAGAAACUUAAGCUAACAACGAAAGAAGCAGUUGCGAUCUUGGUCGGAACAGCGGCUGCAGUGACUCUACUCUGCAUAGCCGCAGCGUUUCUCAACCGCAAUUCUCGAGGGAAGCAAGUAGCAGACGCCGAGUGGGCGUUCGAAGCAGCGGUUAGAUCUAGAGCUAUGGAGGAAAAGAAGAUAUGUAAGUGGAGCAAAGUGAAGAGAACGUUGAUGGGUUCUUUUUGUUGGAGCUCUGCAGCGAAGUGGAUGGAGAUGGAGAAGCGGAGGCCGCCUCCGUUGCUUGCUGCUAAAGAAAGGAGUCUUAAUGCGGUUGAUCCAGUUUGGCAGCGACCGAUUCUGAUGGGUGAGAAAUGUGAAUUGCCUCGUUUUAGCGGCCUUAUAUUGUAUGAUGAACGUGGCCAUCAGCGUCAUCAUCCUCAACUUCAAGAACAAGUAAAGCAGAGUUCUAUGGUAAGAACAACUUUGAGAGAUUUGCUCUGACAAUGGUUUUCUUUGCAAAGAAGUCUACUGAAGUUUCGUGUACUACAAGUUAAAACCGCGAUGAAAGGUCAGAAAAAAAGAAAAUGUUUCUGUAAACAAUGUCCUAUGUGAUGUAGAUGCAAAUCUUCUUUCCUUUUUUUGUGUGUUCUUGAUUGCUUGGAGGGACAAAAGAGAAGCUUAAUCUUAUUAUGAACAAACUUUUUCCUACA